UUUUCGCUCGUUCCGGACGCCAUUACAGAAUGGGUAAACCACGUGGAAUCCGUACUGCCCGCAAGCACAUUCGACACCGGCGCGAGCAGCGCUGGGCCGAUAAGGACUACAAAAAGGCCCAUUUGGGCACCCGCUGGAAGUCCAACCCCUUUGCCGGAGCGUCCCACGCCAAGGGAAUCGUGCUGGAGAAGGUCGGCGUCGAAGCCAAGCAGCCCAACUCCGCCAUCCGCAAGUGCGUCCGAGUGCAGUUGAUCAAGAACGGCAAGAAGAUCACCGCGUUCGUGCCCCGGGACGGUUGCUUGAACUACAUUGAGGAGAACGAUGAGGUGCUGGUUGCCGGUUUCGGUCGUAAAGGUCACGCCGUCGGUGAUAUUCCCGGAGUACGAUUCAAGGUGGUGAAGGUGGCUAACGUUUCGUUGUUGGCUUUGUACAAGGAGAAGAAGGAGCGUCCGCGUUCGUAAGCCGCUGUUGUUGGGAAGGACGGCGUAAAGGCAAGCCCAGCGGCAAUGGCUCUUAGUGGCCGUGGCUUUCUAACCAAUGGGUGUUUUAGAUCGCUGAAAACCGCGGGCGUUGCGUGAACAUGGAGCAAGGAUCGUAAUGUAAGCCAAGUGCGGAAAGGAACAGUAUGCUACAGAAAUACAAGUUGCCUGGAAGGAUCUUGUACCUCAC